AUUCUUUUCAGUAAGUUUCACAGAGUUGUCUGUGUCAAGUACUUUUGUGAUUUGCAUUCAAAAAUAUAUAUUUUUAUAUAAAUACAAAAAUUUAUUUGUAUAUACAUUUAACUGAUAUUUUUCUUUCUUAAAAUACUGCCGAAUGUCCUCAAAACCUCGAAAACAAACUGCAGGUUUUGUCAAUGAUCCCUCUGCCAUUAAUCUCAUACAGCUCAGUCCGCGUACUGAGUUGUUUCAAAACGAGCGGAGCCCUUAUACCAUGGCGAACCACAGUUCCAAGACGAACUUCAUCGGUGACACUGUUAUGCAUGAAGGGCCACGUGCAGUUGCUGUUACCGAAACAGGCGAAAAGCAUUCUAUUCACCUGGAAGAGGAUAAUAUGCAGACGAACUUAAAUCCAUUCACCGUUUCUUCCCAGUGUUCUCAGGUCUUUUCACUGCCAAAGAAUACCGCUUCAUCAACGAAAAUGUCGGGUUUUGGAAAUGAUUGCUCCAGGCUUAUCACUACCAAGCGUUCGAAAGGCUCUCGUCGCCAUUCCAAUCAGAAGACGCGACCUAUAUUUACACCGCGCAAUAUGGACAAAAUUCCGACACGCUUCUUCAAUGACGAUGUCAAAGUCAAACCGGUUUCGCCUCACAUGAAUGCGCAAACUCAGACAGAGAUCAACUCCAGUUGUUCGGCUUUAACACCACGUUCAUAUCUUCCACCGCCAAUGGUGCCGCCACUGCAGAUCCCUCGUCGUUAUGUGCCCCGCGAAACAGUCGGUGACAUGCUCGACAGUUCCCGCAGACAGCCGCUCAGGGUGUUGCCAUUGCCGCGUGAGAAGAAGUCAUUUAAAAGCUAUUCAGAAUUGCGAAGCAUUGCGUCUGCACUCACUUUGAUAACCGUUGUUUCUUGGCUCUUUUCGACUUUCUUUGAGCUGGAGGGAAUGUUUGACAUGUUGGGCGGCAUUUUACGUUUCCUAACUAAUUGGUACAAUAAGGAGGAACCGCCAAUGACGAAGGUAGAGAUGUUUGUGCAAUUUGCGCGAAAUUUGUGGUAGCAAAGGUGUGUCUGGGUGUUUUUUUAUUGAUAUGUAUUUAUUUCGAUUUUUUGAAAUUUAAACACGAAACGUUAAUACAGAACUAGAUUUGAUGACAUUUAUUCAA